CGUCCCACCAUUUCAACGACCCCGAAACCGCAUCGUAACGUUGCUUCCCAUCUGCUAAAACUUGUCUCCCACCUGUAGUAACCAUUAAAAAGUGACAGUGGUGCACUGAGAGCACCUGCUGGGGCUUUAUCCCAUUUCGGGUUUCGUGCGGAAGCAGCCUCGCCCGUUCAUUUCGCUCACAGCCGCAGCAACAAGAACCGCACCACCAUGCCCGUCUUUCUCCUCCCCAUCCUUGCUGGUGGCUACUACUACUACAAGAACAAACAAGAGCAAGAGAGCGCUACUAGUCUGGACUCGGGCGAUGAGACUACUGGUAGCACCGCAGAGCCAGCCACACCCGCAACGCCCGACAGCGCUACUACUGAUACAGCGGAAGAGUGUCCGUCCAUUGAAGUCAGUCUGGUGUCCCAACAACCACCACCGCCGCAGCCACAAGAAGACGACGAAGAGAUUCGAACCGUCACGAGCCAAGUCCUGACGCGAAAAGAGAGCACAGAUACCGUCCAAACGGAGACGUCAGUCGAUGAAGAGAUCGAACAACCGCAACGACGGCCAAUAGAUAAUUCUACCUAUGGCUCGAGCUUGCUGGCGAGCUCUUGCGUGGACUGCGAUCAAGUCGCCUUUUUGGAAAUGGUGGAGUGCGGGAACAGCAGCGAUUGCGAUUCCAGUUCACCAUUCCGGACCAUUAUAGAGUGCUGACGAUAUACACCGCUUUUUAUAUUAUAUUUUCCAGCGGGGAGGAUGUGGGGGCAACCACGAUAUUCAGGUUGUUGCUCUCGCAUUGCCGUUUUUUGUAAAUUACUCCUAGUUAAUAGCAUUUCCUUUCCUUGGCUCUCUUUUUUUAAAAU